AGAACUUCCCUUUUGGGAUGCUCCAACGUCGACAGCUCGCAGCCUAUCAAAUGAAGGUAUUCGUGAACUUAAGACGAAGAGGGAAGGCAGCAAACUUGUGAAAUUUCAGACAACUAGGUCAUUUUGAAAGCCCCCAAGCUCGUGAACCCGUUUUUCUAUGCGGGGUUUUCUGUCCUUCAGUCGGCUCAGGCUCGUCAAACAAGCAUCAUCAUCACCAGGUCUCUUCAGCUCCUCAGUCCGGCGAUUCAGCAUCACAGCCGUCGCCAUGGCCGGGAUUCGCGAUCCAAGCACCCUCUCCAACUAUGACGCCUGGCGCACCCGGCACACCACGGCCAACCUGACCAUCGACUUCGCGGACAAGUGUCUGCGGGGCUCCGUCAUCCUCGAGCUCGUCUCGCAGACCGACGGCGCCAGCAAGGAGAUCGUCCUCGACUCCAGCCAUGUGGCGGUGUCGUCUGUCAAGCUGGACGCCAGCCCAUCGACGCGGUGGGAGGUGAGGCCGCGGGUGGGGCCCGGCGGGUCUCCGCUGCACGUCGAGGUGCCCGGCGGCGCGGCCCGCGGCGAGACGGUCCGGCUGGAGAUUGAGCUGGCCACCACGGCCGAGUGCACCGCCCUCCAGUGGCUGACGCCAGCGCAGACCGGCAACAAGAAGGCCCCCUUCAUGUUCAGCCAGGCCCAGGCCAUCCACGCCCGCAGCCUGUUUCCCUGCCAGGACACCCCGGACGUGAAGAGCACGUACGACUUCAACAUCACCAGCCCCUACGUGGUCGUGGCGAGCGGCCUGCCCGUUCCCGCGUCCGAGGCUGGCAGCGCCGAGGCCGAGACCGGGCCGGCCGGGAAGGUGUACCGGUUCCGGCAGGGGGUGCCGAUCCCGUCGUACCUGUUCGCCUUGGCGUCGGGAGACAUGGUCACGGCGCCGAUCGGGCGGCGGUCGGUUGUGGCUACGGGGCCGAACGAGCUGGAGGCGUCACAGUGGGAGCUGCAGGAGAGCAUGGACAAGUUCAUGGACGCGGCGGAGAAGAUCGUCUUUCCCUACCAGUGGGGCGAGUACAACGUCUUGGUCUUGCCGCCGAGCUUCCCCUAUGGAGGCAUGGAGAACCCGAUCUUCACUUUUGCGACGCCGACGAUCAUCAGUGGCGAUCGCCAAAACGUGGAUGUUAUUGCACACGAGCUGAGCCAUAGCUGGAGCGGGAACCUGGUUACCAGCUGUAGCUGGGAGCAUUACUGGCUAAACGAAGGCUGGACCAUGUAUCUCGAGAGACGGAUCAUCGCAGCUGUCUAUGGUUCCAACGCCCAUUUUGACUUUUCUGCCAUCAUGGGGUGGAAACACCUUGAGGAGGCAAUCGAGGAAUUUGGCAAGGACCAUGAGUUCACCAAGCUGUGCAUCAGCCACAAAGGCAUCGACCCAGAUGAUGCGUUUAGUACCGUUCCCUAUGAGAAGGGCUUCCACUUCGUCUACUAUCUCGACCGUCUGGUUGGGCGGGAGAACUUUGACAAGUUCAUUCCGUAUUACUUCAGAAAGUGGGAAAACAAGUCCCUCGACUCGUACGAGUUCAAGGAUACAUUCCUAGAGUUCUUCAACGGCCCUGAAUAUGCCAGCCUGAAGGACAAGAUCGCAUCCAUCGACUGGGAAGGCCGGUUCUACAGCACCGGGCUCCCGCCGAAGCCGGAAUUCGACACGUCCCUCGCCGACGUCUGCUACGAACUAGCGGAGAAGUGGAAGUCCAUAGGCUUCUCGCCCAGCCCGGCAGACGUCAAGGCUUGGACCGGCAACCAGAAGCUCGUCUUCCUGAACGCCGUCCAGUCCUUCAAGGAGCCCCUUACAGUGACGCAAUCAGCGGCCCUCGGCGAGGCAUACGGCCUCCUCGACUCCAAGAACGUGGAGCUGAAGACGGCGUACUACCAGAUAGCCCUGCGGGCCGAGCACAAGGCCACCUACCCCGGCGUCGCCGACCUGCUCGGCCAGGUUGGCAGGAUGAAGUUCGUCCGGCCCCUGUUCAGGAGCCUGAACAAGGCCGACCGCUCCCUAGCUCUGCAGACGUUUGAGAAGAACCGCGAUUUCUAUCACCCCAUCUGCCGCCAGAUGUUGGAGAAGGACCUCGGGCUGUCGGAGGCCAAGGUCGCCGCCUAGGUGUCUUGUCCGGGUUUGGAUGCGUGGAGGCUCCCAGCCCAUCUGCCUGUAACUAUAAUGAAUAUGUGAGGGCGGAGUGACAUGGCGAAAGGAUACAGGGGUGUGUAAUGCUAAGGCUGAAGGCUUUCUCCUACGUCCAUAUUGUGGUGAAGGCAUUGUGUACUUGGUCUCAUAACAAAAUGCAUUGGUCAUCGUCAAAACAAAGGGGUGCUCACCUGAGAUAAUAUCACAGGGAGGAGUUGGGGCUCGAUAUGCUCCCCGUCACUUGCGCCAGGACAGGGUAGAUAAAUAUUUUUAAGUGACAUGUUACAAUAACAACAGACGGUGUGGCGAUUGAGCGCGAUUCCGUACGACCUACCCUCUGGCAAUCAACGCUGGCUCAGAUUGACAACCAGUUUCUAAGAAG